CAGUUUCCGAGUCUGCAGGCGGUCAAUCACGUUUUGUUAAGCCUGUUCCCGGGACUAACUUUGGAGUGGAUGUGAGCUGCUACAUCGCAAAAGCUUGUUCUCUAAUCUGUCUUCUAGAUCAGUCCAAAAGUAGCAGUAUUUGAGGAUGGAAGCGCAAGAUGAUGAAGAGCAGUUUCAAGGAGCGUUCAAGAUCAUUGACAACCCACAAGAUGCAGACAAUUUAUCAGAAGUAGAAUCUCUUUUCGGUCAGGAACCGGACCAUGCCAGAGAAUUAGCUUUUCAAGGAGACACCAUAGACUCCAUAGACUUCGUAGAGCUCUAUUUUGAUCAUGGUGAUAGUCCUCAUCAGGAAAAGUCAACCCCAUGGAAUAUAGCCAGAAAUGUAUCCUGCCCAGAGAAAAUAGCUGAGCUAUUUCCUUCAGAUUCAGACCUGAGCAGCAGCUUCGAUAUGGCAGCUCAGUCCAGGUCUUCUGGGUCUGCGUUCUCUAGACCCUCGUCCAUUCAUAGUCUGAACAUGUCUGGUUUUGGGGGGUCACAUGAAUCAAUUGAUUUGGCUAUUGAGCAGGGAAAGAAAAACUCUUCAAAGAUUGAAAAAAUCCAGAGGGGGACGAGUAAGCGCGCUGUCAGGAUGAAAGAUUUCACUUCCGAGUUUCGCAACAGGAUGACAGGCCUUGAACUAAGUCAGAGGGAUAUGGAAAACAGGUUCACGUCAAAGUGGGAUCAGCUAGACCAGAAAGUGUGCAGGUGGAUCGGCAAAGAGGAAGAGUAUUCCGAUUCCUCGCAAGGUAGAUGCAAGGCUCUGCCUAAAAGCAUGAUUAAAUGUUUGUCAUGGGUCGUGCCCUAUUCUGAUCUCAAACGACACUCUGUACAGAGCAUCUCCUCACCACCGCUGCAAUUGCCAUGGGUUCAAGGUCUUCAGGCCACUCUCUAUCUUCGGGGCAUUGGGAAAGGUCAAGGAAGCUACUUGUCCAUUCGAUUCAGUUGGCCAAAGAAAGGAGAAAAUCCCAAAAUGGCUGAAAGCUACCAUGUCAACGUCAUGGUCAUCAACCAAGAAGAUGCUUCGGAAUCUAUCGAGAAGAGGCUCAUCUUAGAUACCUGCCAAGAAGAUGGAGGCUCUUCUGCCAAAAGUAGUAAUCUAAACACUUCCAUCCCAAAGCUUAUUCCGAUUAGUACAGUGGAAGACGCAUCUUUGGGAUAUCUUUCUGAUGGGAAUCUCGUAAUCAACAUCAUGCAUCAGUAUUGAAGAUAUCCAAUCAUCAUCGUAAAACAUGGCUUUAUUCACGAAAGUUCAUAUAAGCUGAAGAGGGGACCAAUAGAACGAAGUAAGCUGUUUUGUUUUACAAUGUCUUGGUGCUGACAGAAUAUAUUGUAGUUCAAGGUAAUAAUAGCAACCUCGCUUAAGAUCCACAGUCACAGAAACAGAACAAGGGUUUG